UCAAUCUGGUGGAUGGAGCGAUUUUAACGGGAGGCUUACCCUAUGGUGAUGUCGAGAGACGAGAAUAAUCAAUUGUUGCACCAUUCUGACGCGCAUUGGAGUACUUCAAAAGCUCAUGUCUAGAUUCAGGCUUUCCUUUAUUUUGGUUGCGUACGGUCUCGGAAUCGGAAGAGUAUAUAACCGGAUAUCGGUACGAAACAUGAAUGAACUUUCAGACAACUCACUUCUAAGUAGGCUUUCUCACGAAAGAUGUGGCAUUUCUCGCACACCUAUUGUAGAUAUACUUCAACAAAGCCCAGGUAUCUACUACAUAGUAAAUAACUUCGAUAUUCAAUACACACGACAUGAAUACUGCAGCCAAGAAGCAGAUGUAAGCCCUUAUCAAGCCCAAAGUUCAUUGACCAGCAGGAUGGCCACGAAUACGAUGCCGAGCCACACAACAUCUUGUACCUGCGUGCCCGAAAGAACGAUGUAACCUUUACACAAUUCCUAACUGCUGUGCUAUUUCAUGAAACAACAAUAUCCGAUAUUAUAAUGGGAAGCCUCUCACUUCAGUUGAAUUGGCACUUUCACUGCAUCAUCAAGAGCUGCUUGAACUGAAGCUCUCU